UGUUCCAGCACUGAUUUCUGUCUCCUUGCCCUCUCAGAGCUCAGCCACGCUCCGACUCACGUCCACGGAUUAAACUCCGAACUCUGUGGAAUACUCAAAACAAGCCUCAACUUUUUCUUGGGAUUUUUUUUUUCCUUUUCUUUUCUUCUUCCUGUUAUAGCAGAGUUGGAAACUAUGAAGCUGUGUGUGCUGGCUGCUCUUGCCCAUGUGCUCGUUAUUUUCACUUUGGCAAGUGGCGCAUCUAUAGACAGGUACGAGUCGGAGAAGCCCGCACAAACCACUGUGAUUCACCUGCUGCGCACGUCUGAGGCCCUGAACGACAAAAGGCCCACUGACAACACCAAGCACGAGGACCACCGACAAGAGGAAGAGGAAGAAUAUUACUACGAUGACGACGAACAAUACGAAUACGAUCUGUCGGGGGAUUUCGAGAUGCCUCAAGUCGCAUUUUCGAGCAAACCUAAAGACCCGACCACGGUGCUGAAUGCAAACGAGAGGAAAGGAAAAGGAGAAAGGAAAGGAAAAGGAAAGGGGAAAGGGAGGAAGAAGAAUCCUUGCCUAAAAAAAUAUAAGGAUUAUUGCAUCCAUGGAACAUGUCAGUAUCUGAGAAAGAUCGGCCCUUCCUGCAUCUGCAAUCCCGGUUACCAAGGAGAGAGGUGUCACUUUUUGUCAUUACCUUUAGGAACGAACGGAGAAGGCUACAGUCGAACAACAGCCCUCGCCGUCGUGGCCGUCGUUCUCUCGUCACUCUGUCUGACCAUCAUCGGCCUCCUCUUAGCGCUCAGGUUUCACAAACGAGGCACAUACGAUGUAGAAAGCGAGGAGAAGGUUAAGCUUGGCACGUCUACGCACCGCUAAAACACAGGAGCUCAUGGGUGACUGUGAAGUAAAUGAAAUUCUACCUCAAAAUAAAAUAGACGAGAUGAAGGCCAAGUAAGAGAGACAGAGAAAGACAGAAAGAGGGAGAGAAAAACAAAAAGAGAGAGAGUUACGGAUGUUGUCUGUGUCGUGACAUCACAAGCGUUCCAGAUUAAAAUCGCUGCAGUUGGGACUCAACAGGAUGUUCAGCACCUGGAACUCGGUGCUUGGCCCCGUGGAGCUGCCAUGUGAUGAUGAUGA